AAUUUUCAAAACUGCAUAUUACGAAGUUCAAUUUAAUUUUCCCAAACUUUGAAACAAAAUUUCAUGUUUUACUCGUUUCGCAAAAACCUUUCUUCUUUAUCUUCCUUCAAAUCUUGCAACACCUCCACGCCCUUCUUACUUUCUCCUUCACUACAUGGAAAAAUAGUUUCUUCUUCUUCUUCUUCUCUCGCAAUCUCAUAUUCCAGUUUUCAAUCGCAUCUCUGCAAAAAAAAUACGUUUCGUGGCCAUCGGUGCAGCUUUCAGGACUGACCGAUUCUGCUGUAAAACAGAGAUGAGGGAGGGCAUAGAAGUAAUUUCCGCGGAGAAGAACAAAUUAAUGGAAGAAAAAGCACCGAUACGCUACUUCGUAAACAAAAGAAUCGACCGAAAGUUUCUUUCGCUUUCCAUUAGGACCGCUUUUUGUCGAAAACCCUAUAGGAACUAGAAAGAAGAAAUUUUGCUCAAACAGCCCGUGAUUGUGAGUGGAGAUAGACCUACACAUCGGUUCACCGGACGUAAUAUCACCACCAAUAUAAUUGCGCCACGUCGUUAAGGUUCGUUAGCCGAAAAAGAAAAAGGGUGACAGCUUAGCUAGCUUAGAGUCAAUGGAAAAGAACAUUCCUCAUUGGGAGUCCAAGAUCUCCUCCCAAUUCCCAAUUUUCUUCUUUUCUAAUUCUUUCUAACAAACCCAUUUCUGGGUUUCACUUUUCAGAUUCAACUCUUAGCCAAACUGCCGAGUGCUAAACCAUUGAAGCCAUCUUUCUUUAUCUUCCCUUGUUUAGAAGCUUCAGAUUUAGUAGAAGGAGAGCAGGCUGAGAUGUUUGGGAGUCCUGGAAGAAUGAGCGGGCUGGUGCUCAGAUGUGCGCAAUGGCUAUUUGCUGCUGUGUCUAUUGGGUUUAUGGUCACUGCUCCUGGCUUCUUCAACUCCACUGCAUUCUGUUAUUUAAUCGCUUCGAUGGGGCUUCAAAUUCUUUGGAGCUUUGGACUCGCAUGCCUUGAUUUGCAUGCUUUGCGUAUGAAGAAAAGCUUGCGGAAUUCAGUUCUACUGUGUCUAUUUGCCAUUGGAGAUUGGGUCGUAUCAACGCUUUCACUUGCAGCUGCAUCAUCGUCUGCUGGGGUGGCCAUUCUGUAUUCAAGGGACUUGGACUACUGCAGAUCACCUCCUUAUAUUUCUUGCAGCAAGAUCGAAAUAUCUGUGGCUUUUGCUUUUAUUUCCUGGUUCCUACUUGGUUUAUCAUCGUUGGUAACAUUUUGGCUAUUGGGCACAGUAUAAUAGAGCAUAACACGCCCCCAUUUUCCGAGGCUUUCUCCUCAAACGUAAAUGAGUCUUGAAAUCUCUUCCGUUUUUUGAUAUAGUAGGCCUCCUCUUACCCUCCCUUUUGUAAAUUAAUAAUAUAUUUUCUCCCCGUCUCGUGCCCUUUUGUCCAUUUUGAAAUGAUAUUAGGUUUGCAUAUUCCUAUCGAAGCAUACCAUCUUUUAUGUU